AUGCCUGACACAGGGCUGGCACUCUGUUCUGAAUCCUGUUCCCUGGGAAACCCAACAGAACCCUGGACUGGGGAGAGGAGAAGAAACCUGCCUUUAAAGUUGAGCCUCCUGGAGAGAUGCAGUCUCAGGCCUGAGAAGAUGCAGGGGCUGCUGUCUCAGGAGGGCAGGGCCUGGGAGAAGCGUGCUUCCCUCACCAAGGACUGCAUGGCUGUGGAGGUUGGGGCCUCUGGCUGUGACAGUGACAAGAAAGACCUACCUUCUCCCAAGACUGGGCAUCCCCAGGAGUGGAGCUCGGUGGAGGAAGAUGAUGAGUCAGAGGACUCCCAGGGCUUUGUGGAGUGGUCAAAAGCUCCGCAACAAAUGACCAUAGUCUUGGUAGUGUGUGUGCUUUAUUUGUUCCUGGUUUUAACAGGGAUGCCUAUGAUGUUUCACAUUUAACUAUAAAAGUGGCUAUUGUUUAGAAAUAGAUGCCCUGUGUCAUGUUAAGGAAGAGACCUGAUUAAAAAUCAGGAACAGGUCUUGAAUAUUAUCAAAUGCCUUUUAAACAUCCAUUGAGAUGAUUUUUCUUUUGUAUUUAACCUUUUUGUGUGAGGUUUUGAAUUACUGUAUUUCACUGACCUUAAGACAUCAUCGAUUGUAAAACAUGCAUUACUUUGUAUACCCCUGAGAAAGAAAAAAAAUGCUACUUAAAUGUAAGAUGCCACCAAGUGGAAGAUGCAUCCUGACUUCAGAGAAGGUGAACACGUGCAACUUAGGAGCGAUAAAAUCUGGUAGAUUUCUUAAUUACAAAUCAUCUUUGCAUUCUUAAGAUGGUGGUACAGCAGUCUUUUCAGAUAUUGAAUUCUAUUUCUUGAUAUUUUCUGUAAGAUUCUUGCCUCUAUCUUCUUAUGUAAGACUGGUGCUAUCUUUGUUAAGUUUUGGUAUCGUGGCUAAGCUUGCAUCAUGAAGGACUUGAGUAAAGUUUAACCUUUUUCUGUGCUUUCGAAUACUUUCUGUAGCUUGAGAAGUAUCAAUUCCUUGACAUUUUGAAAGAAUUCACCAGCAAAGUAAUCAGGUCCUAGAGCUAUGGAGGGGAAGUUUCAGUGAGUUCUUGGAUGGCUUUCUCCAUUUCUUCUCAUGUUAUUAGCUUAUGAAUACUUUUUACUCCAUUAAUUUUUAUGAUUUACAGUGUUCUCUUAUCCCCUAGGCUAUGCUUCAUUCCACUAAGCGUCCCCCCCCCAGAUGAUCAGCGUAUUUGUGCACAGUAUUUUAUAAUUAAACAAAAUCUUCUCUUUAUUUUAUUCUGUCCCCUUUCUGCCUUUCAACUUCGGUUUGUGGUUAUUAGAUUUGUCAAAGUUUUAUCUAGUUUAUUAUUAACUUUCUGAAGAACCAUCACUAGGAUUUAUUUAUGUCCAUUAUUUCUCUAGUUUAUAAUUUGUUUUCCUUUAACAUGUAGUGGGUUUAUUUAUUUAUUAUUUAUUUAUUUAUUUUUGCCAUAUGCGGGCCUCUCACUGUUGUGGCCUCUCCUGUUGUGGAGCACAGGCACUGGACGCGCAGGCUCAGCGGCCACGGCUCACGGGCCCAGUCGCUCCGCAGCAUGUGGGAUCCUCCCAGACCGGGGCACGAACCCGUGUCCCCUGCAUCGGCAGGCGGACUCUCAACCACUGCGCCACCAGGGAAGCCCAGUUAUUUUGUUUUAAUAGGACUUUCAGUGGCCUCCCCUGAGUUUGCUAGAGAAAUCAGGGCAGGAGAAGUAUGGGCUUCUCUCUCUCUCCAUUCCCCUCUCUGGAUGAUUGCACCCAACAAGCCAACAACUGGCCCUUAAAAGAAAGAAACACAAGCCUCAGCUGUUUCAUUCAUUAGUAUUUUAUUGGUUGCAAAUAGGAGAGUCUCAAUUCAAAUGAACUCAAGCAAAGAGAUUCAUUGUAGAUUCACUUACACCAAAGUUCAGGAUGAAAUCGGCUUCAUUUAGAGCUGGAAUGAACUGUUGUGAUGACUGAAUAUGUAAAUGAGGAUAUGUACGCUGUGUUAAAGAAGUUAUUUGUAAAAGGCAUUGACCAAUGCAGAAAAUAAUUUAAAAUAAAAUAUCUCUUUUCAGGAAUGGUAUUCUUGGAAAUGUUGGGAAAAGAUUCCUGGGUCUUGGAAGAUAAUUACUAGAAAUAUGCAGGGGAGGUAGUAUAUCUUUUUUUUUUUUUUAAUGUAUUAAGUAUUCCUGGAACAAAAGCAGUGAGUUGGAAGGAGAGGAUUGUCCAAGUAAAGAAUGGAUUUAUAAGGAAAAAAAUUUAGAGCUGGUUCUCCAGGUCUAAAAAUAUUGCUGAGGACUUUCCGCUGACCUCCUAGUUACCUUCCUUUUGGGGGUGACCUCCUUCUUCUCCAUGUGGCUGGGAGAAUAGCUACCACCCCCAUCACCUACUUGGCAAGGCGAGGAGGCGGGGCAGAUUCUCAUCACACACACACCCCCUCCCGUCGCUGCUUGGCUGCAGGGACCAGAGUCUUGCAAUAAAGGAUGCAGAGGCCUGAGGCAGGAGCAAGCUGUUGGAGGAGUAGGCGAAGAACGAUGCGCAGCUGGGCAAGAGUGGAAUGGAGAUGCCUGUGGAGACCAUCAUAGAUGUCCAGGCCAAGGGACUGUGAUUAGCUCAGACGGAGCUGGUAAUCUUAAUCACAUUUGUGAGAUAUUGAAAAUUAUGACGCUAGUAAUAUAAAUCAUAUUAGCAGUGCUUAUUUAUUUGGGCUCUACCACAUGCCAGGAACCUCAUUUCAUGGAUGAUUAAAGUCUCCACCAGCACCGCUGAUGCUCUGUUCUCCACCCAACAGCCAGGCAGAUCCCAUUAAACCAUAAUUAAGACCAUGUAUAAUGCACACCUCAGCAAGUAAAAGCUAAAGUCCUCACAAUAGCCGUCCAGCCCCACGCAAACCCGCCUGCGCCCCCAUCUCUGCUUUUUGCUCCCUCCGCUGCUCCAGCUGCUGCUCCAGCUGCACUGGCCUCUUUGCUGUUCCAACAAGCGCAUCGUGCACCAGCCUCAGGACUUUUGCACCAGCUCUGGAAUGGACCUCUGCCUGGAAUGCUCUUCCCCCAUAAGCCCACAUGGCUCCCUCAGUCCUACAGGUCUCUGCUCCAACGUUCGCCUCCUUAAAGAGGAUUUCCCUGACCACGCCAUCCGCAGUUCACUCUGAUCAUCCUUAUAGCCUGUAUCACCACCUGACAAUUACAGAUUAAUGCGCCUCUUUUCUGGCGUCCUCCUACUCGGGUGGCUUUCCCCAGAGAAACUUGGUCUUGGGAAGGUUGAAUUGGAGAGGGCUGCAGAGAUCAGGCUCUGUCUCCCAGGAACCCUUCCUACACCCACACCACCUUGUGGGGCCCCAGCCUCUUGGACCCUCUCCCCCAAAUGCUUGAAGCUGCUCUGUCCCCUCCUGGAACGGAGAUGUUGGACCCAGGGUAGUAUCUGCAUAUAGUAUGUGGGGUACGUGGUGGAGGGGGAAAUAGGUCAAAUAAGUUGGCAAAUACGGCAAAUUUAAAAUCAUAGGGAAAUAGCUGGGAUGCCCAGCCGCUGGUCCAUAGCUUGUAAUUCUCAUCAUGAGACUGCCUACUCCGAGGAUGGGCAAUUCCGGUUGUGAGAGUGGUUUUGGGGUCGGUGGGCUUGCUGCAAGCUGCCACCAGGGAGCGGCUUCAGCAUCCAGCACCAUGGUGUUCAUGGACUGUCCACUUCUCUUCCUCUUGACCUUAUCUGUAUCCCUAAAUUUCAAAAGCUCCGAAACAAACGUUUUCGAUGACUCCUGCUCCAGGGGCUCAGCUCCUUCUGCAGCUGUAGACACUCAGACUCUGACCUCGCGGGGGCUCCAUUCUUUCUGCAGCAGGAGGGUCUACAAACUCCUGCUUCCUCUGGGGGCUGCUGACUGCAGCAGGAGGGACUCAGGGCAGACUCGCCACACACAUCCCUACAGCCCAUCCCUGCUCCUGGGCAGGGACAGGACGUCACAGCCGGCCAACCAGCCUACACGCGAGGCCGGAGCAGCACAGUCCCCCACGAAGUCAAAAUCAGCUUGGGAGCCCUUCACCCAGCGAAUACAGGCUGGUGCCUGUGGACUCAAGGGGCGCCGGAGCCCUCUGCGCCUGCGCAC